CUUGUUUCUCUCAUGAACCUGUGCCUUAUUGCCUGAAAAGAUGAGUUAGAUUUCGUGUACAAACGAUGUGCUGGAGAUAUUUAAUUGCUCCUUUAUUCACGCUCCCGCUGCUUAAGCUGUUUAUGCACGCUGCCUCGUCUAACCCCAGAAUCCGGCUCUCCCUUUUAUUCUGAGCGAUGAAAACCACGCCCAGCGCUCCUCAAUUGGCGGAGUCGGCGACAGCGCAGCCCAAGAAACGCGGCUCAUUAUUGGACCAUGUGCGGCUCUGCACCAGUGGCGCUAACGUGCGCCACUGUAAACACCGUCGUGUUCAUCGCUCUCACUACACUUGACCCAACUAUUCCAGCCGGUCACGUGGUCCCAAAAAUGCUUCAGCCUCUCUUUGGUGGAUCCAUCGGCAAGUACUUUGAGGACUACUACACGAGGAGCCCGGGAUCGGGACCCUUCUAGAAACGCGCGUCUCCUCUCAAAACCUUGACUUCUCAUGACUGACCCACAAACACAGCAGCUUGGCGCAACCUGGACGUAGACGCGCGCGCCCGCAGCAUCCUCAAAGUUCCGGAUGCCCCGAUGAGAGAUCCCGUCACCCCAGCGGCUGCCAUGGCUUACCACCCAUUCCCAGCGUUCGGACCGGGUGCCCUGCCCUUCCCCACCUUCCUCCAGCCUUCCUUCUUCCCCGCUCUCGCCUUCGCGGGCGGCGCCGAGCCGGCGUCCGGGUCCGACGCCGGGCGGCGCGCGCCGCUGGGGCGCCGGCCGGUCCACGCGCUGUCCGUAAAGGGCGUGCGGCCGGACGAGGAAGUGGCGGACGACCCGAAAGUCACGCUGGAAUCAAAGAGCCUGUGGAAGGAGUUUCACAAAAUGGGAACGGAGAUGGUUAUUACAAAAUCGGGAAGGAGGAUGUUUCCGCCUUUUAAAGUCCGCGUGGACGGACUGGAUGAAUGUGCGAAGUACAUCCUGCUGAUGGACAUAGUCGCCGUGGACGACUGCCGCUACAAGUUCCACAACUCCCAGUGGAUGGUGGCGGGGAAGGCGGACCCGGAGAUGCCGAAGCGCAUGUACAUCCACCCCGACAGCCCGUCCAAAGGGGAGCAGUGGAUGAGCAAGCCCGUGGCUUUCCACAAACUCAAACUCACCAAUAACAUUUCGGACAAGCACGGAUUUACAAUUCUGAAUUCCAUGCAUAAAUACCAGCCCAGGUUCCAUAUUGUGCGAGCCAACGACAUAAUGAAGCUUCCAUUCAGCACCUUCCGGACUUAUGUUUUCCCCGAGACGGAGUUCAUCGCUGUCACUGCAUAUCAGAAUGAAAAGAUCACACAGCUAAAAAUUGACAAUAACCCCUUUGCCAAAGGAUUUAGAGACACCGGGAACGGCCGACGGGAAAAGAGGAAUAAGCAGGUCGGUGUCUCCUCGCUGUACGAGAGCCAAAGCAAAGCAGACAAGGACUGCGCCGAUUCGGACGACUCCAGCGAGCAGCCGAGCACCAGCGAACCCUUCCACUCCCCCCAGGAGAUGGUGAGCAGCCCCCUGAUGGCCACCGCAGCCUGUCACGACGAGAACAACACUGAGAGCGGUUCGGACGACGACGCGCCAAACGAGGCCGGUCGCUCCAGAUGUGAGCGCGCGCUAACGUCGGAGCUGAAGAGCGGGGAGCCGUGGAGUCGUGGAGCCCCCUCCGUGGAGGCGGACUCCUCUGAAGAACACGUGGGGGGAAUCAAAGAUGGCCUCCUGCCCCUGAGCGUCGAGCCACACAGCUCGUCGUCGCUCGGUUCCGGAAACCCUCACAGUUUGGACUUUCUGAAGCUGGGGCUGCCUUUGUUGUUCCGUCCCGGACAGUUGUCAGAGAAGCCCGAGGCUUUCCCCCCCGCGGGCACGGGGCCGGCGUCCUCCUCUUUGCCCGGAGCUGAUGACCUCCAGAACGGAGGCCUGUGUUCUCCAAGCAUCACCUCUCCGCCUCCAUUCAUGUUCCAUGUGUCGCAGAGCGUGCUGGCGUCUCAGGGACUCUCGUUGUCUCCCUUCGGAGGCCUGUUCUCGUAUCCGUACCGCUACACGGCGGCACCGGCUGCAGCUCAGCCCCCAUCCCUCUCCAGAACCCACUGCUUUCACGCUUCCCGGCCGUCGGUGAGAUUCAGCCCGUAUCACGUUCCCACGUGUGUCCCCUCCAACCAAAGCUUGUUUACGGUCAGGUCACCAGGCACUUCAAGCGUCCACUAUGCACUGUCCAAGGCGAACAAAACCAGGGCCAAGCAGAAGACAGCUCCCCCUAAAACCACAGGCAAUGGACUGCGAAGGACAGAUUAUCCAGCUGGGGGACCCGACAAGGAACAGCCUCAACAAUAAGCUCUUCUAUAACUUAUUUUUUGUUUAAUUUUAAUGGGAUAAGAACAAUAAGGAAAAUGACAAAGUCAAUAAGAAUCCACAUGAAAACAAACGUGGUGCCAGAAAUGUUUCUCUCCCAACUGGAAAUGGCUGCUGACUCUAAUUUACACAUACAGAGAAUAACAUGAUCUCCAAAGUGACGCUAUGCAGAGGAUCAGCACUGAACUUCCAUAUUGUUGUGUGGACAUUUUAGUUUCGCCGUUUUUAGGUUUCACACACUAUAAAAUACACGUCAUAGUUAAAGGUCUUAGAGGAUGUUUACUGUAGCCGGUCACUAUUAAAGCUGUCAGCCACCUAUUCACAUUCCGUUAACGUACCAAAGCUGCACAUGGAGAGAAAACUCAGGAGUAAUACUUUUCGACCAGCACUUGAGAAGAGCGUCGUGAGGAAAGGUAACGCAACGUUACUCAGGCAAAUUGUUUCCUCGUGUGUCUUUUUCACAGCUUAAAUAAAGAUUUGCACAUUUAA